UUUCUUAUUCUAUCUGGUCACUAACAUACGCCUACGGCAUUACACCAAAUUAUAGUAAUCUGUGUUUCAGAACCAGGAAGUUGCGUGUCUUCACUGUUGACCAAAUGACAAUUCAUCAACAUUGGCGCGCAAAAGCGGGCGCUCAUAUCCAGGUUAGUGACCAGAAAGCACGUGUUUAAUUUUCUGYCUGGCAAAAACAGAGUAGCAUACCGACGUUAAUAUUAUCCAUAUAAAAUUCAGUUUAGCAAUCUGCUACAGACGCAUCUUUGCCAGAACAAUAGGCUACCUAUUGGGGAUUUCAUUGAUCAUUUUCAUAUUUCAGAUAGGCCUAGUUUGGUUGGGUAAUAAUUACAUACCUCAGUGGUGGUACUGGCUAUAUGUCUAAAGAUAGCUGUAACAUUGAACUAUCUUCAAUACUUAUGGGAUGACAUAACAUAUUCUGGCGAAUUAAUUUCGAUAUUUGUGAGGAAGAAAAAGGCUACAGRCAGAUCAUGCUUUCCAUCCGACCCUGCAACCCCCGCUGCAUACAGRUAGGCGGUAUGAUCCUGCUUGCUCUGGACUCCAGAGAAGUGAAAAUGUGACGUGAGAUCCCUAGUUCAUAUUGACUGCUAAMAUGAAUGACUUUCAGCUCAAAAUGCAUGUAUAAAACGCAGUUUAUUUCUAUAUAUUGCGUUUUGAAAAUGCAUCACCUGUGCGCGCGUGCAUGUGCGUGCGCGGGGAUUGCAAGCUUUGAACCACUCCUUUUUKGGGGGUCGCUGGUCAAAAGGUUUGAGAACAACUGAGCUAGCGAACAGAUUUCUGAUUUGCUGUACAGCUAAAUAAAACUAGGCAGCAUUACACACUGCAAUGGAUAUUCCAACCCUGWGCCACGGCCUGCUCUGCUCUUGCUGAUCCAAACUUGUUUUGUGCUGCCUAACCAAUGCUGUGCUGUUUACGCCUACAGUGGCAGUUCAGAAAGCGAGUCAAAGAAUUCUUCCGAUUUUUUGUUGUUGUUGAUUAGGCYUUUUCCAAAAUAUGCAAUAUCUUGCGCGUGGACUAGCCUAUAGCCUAUGUUCUGUUCAGUUUGAGGAUAUCGUGAACAUGAGAAGGACCAGAGGUCAACUUUGAUAGCUUGCUAAUACUAUAAUAGAAUUGAAUAAAAAACAUGUUUCUUCCCCAUGAUGUAUUUAUCCGAGUUAUUUACUUCACAAUAAGCCUGAUUCGAGUAACUGUUGUGGGGCUGAAGCUUGAAUCAGCAGCCGUGGCACAAUCACUCGAAAAUGGACAGCUCAUGGUGCUGAAAGUAGGCACAUUCCAGUAAUUAAUUUCAACCGUCUUCAUUUUAGUUAGACUUGACUAACAACCAGAGGGCUUUGUGUUGGAGCCUAUUUCUUCAUAUUURAGAAAUAAGGUAGGCCUACCUGUUUGACAGAAAUUGGGCUGGACUGCUAUAUCCAUAGUUUUGUAGGCCAAUUCCUCCAUCAUGCAGUCUUUAAAUAUUCUACCUCCGUGUCAGUGAAGGACUGUUAMGUUAAAACAAGGACUCGAAUUGAAGGGGUAUGAGAGGGUAUGCCAUAGGUCUACUUUUAUUUUAUUUUUUAGAAAAUKCCAAAAAGCGCAGGCCUACCCAUUGUUAGYUUAAGAUUUUGAAGAAAAUAAAACAGAUCCGAUUAUUUAAAGUGACGCUAGAAACAAGCUGUAAAAUACCCUGGAAAGACGUGAUUCCGAUGCACAUGCGAUAUCAUUGUUUAGUUUCUUUGACAUUGAGGCUGAGAUAAAACCUUCUAUAGCCUAGGAGACUGAUUGGGAAGUAAUCUAAUUCUGUCACUAUGAAUUGAUUAAGCUAUUCACUUUCUGUACAGUAGAAGAUGUUUACAUUGGGUUAAGCCAUGGAAGAAGAGUAGCCAGCCGUUAAAGCUUACAUUUGUCUGCGUCGGUUGGCCUACUCGUUCUAAGGGUGGAAAGGUAGGCCUGACUUUUGAAAGUACCACGCUCAGAUUCCUAAUGACGUCUCAUAUUUAAUUAUUUGCAAAUAGGGACAGUUUCGUUGCGAACAAGACACUCUGAUUUGGCAUUGGAGAAAUGUGAUAAAAUGAACACAAGGGCCUAUCUCUCUGUCCAUUCUUAGCCUGUAAUUUCGGUAGUUUGUGUGGUAUUAACAAAUAUUGAGAUUCGGACCAUGUGACUUGAGACUUGUUUGUGACUCGAACAAUAGUGACUUGGUCCCACCCCUUAGUGGUACACAUAAGGAGCGAAAGGAAUGUUCCGUAUCGUUUAUGAAAUKGAGAAUGUUCAUAGAAAUCCAAACUGACGGUGUCCACUCCACUCCUGUAGGUAGCGACAUUGCAGAAUGCGUUAAGCCGUGGUGCACACGCUACGCAGGCUUUUGGCACAGCAGAUCCAUGAACAUCUAUCAUAGAUGAACGAAGUUGUCAAAUAAUAGCGUUGUCACKGAUUGUUAGCUAGCUAGCACUAGCAUUCUGUAAAAAUGUCUAAAAUACAGUUGUUGAGAGUGUUUCUCAACCAGCGGCUAACUGUGGCUGCUGAGGAGAUAUUUGGAGCAGUUGAAAAAACGAUAGCUGAGUACCAGGAAGAGGUUUCCCGUUCGAAAAAGGAGAACGACCGUCUACAGAAGAUUCUUGACCUCGUUAUUAAACCUGAGAUAAAGUUACAAAGAGCAGACCUCCAGCAGCUCACUGUGUUGGAAGAGGAGAUUCACCCUGAGCAGCAGCCCUGUGUGCAGGAUUGGAGCCCUAGUCUUGGACAGGAGGACAGCGAGCCCAUACGGAUAAAAAAGGAGCAGGAGGAACUCAAAAAGCAACUUCAGUGGCUGGAGUCUGACACCAGAGAGUUCAUAUUUGAUCCUUUCUGUGUAAGUGAUUAUGAUCAGGACCCAACUCAGUCCUUGCAAAUCCAAAGUGAGGAAAAUAGGGAGAGAGAUUCUCAACCAAACGUUGUAACUGGACAGAUCAAAACAGAACCUGAUGGAGAGGACUACAGAAUAUCAGAACCAACCUGUUCUUCAGCUCAGAGUAAAAAUAGUGAACAUGUCAAUGGGAUGGAAAACAAAGGAGCGCAGUCUGUUUUAAAGUCACACAAACCAAAGACCACAAGAAAACAAAAAAGAAAACAAACUUAUAGCAGUGCAAAUGGCAUGAAAUGUACUCCAUGUUCUUGUAAGGUUUGUGGGAGGUCUUUUCGGUACAAGCGCCCCUUUUUUAAUCAUGUGCAAAGUCAUGCACAUAUAGAGGAUAAAGAACGUGUCUGUGGUGUKUGUGGAAAGCACCUAGAUUCUAAAGAGAGUAUGAAAGAUCACCUUCAAACUCACAUCGUAGCUGAGCCUGAGUUUUGUCAUGUUUGUGGUAAAACGUUCACCACGAAGCUUAGGCUGAAAAAGCACAUGAGGGUUCACACGGGAGAGAAACCAUAUCGCUGCGAUGAUUGUGGCAGGUGUUUCAGUGAUGCCGCCAAUUUGAUCGGACACAAAAGGACUCACACCGGCGAGAAACCAUAUUGCUGCCAGGAAUGUGGCCAAGGAUUCACUCAAAGUGGACAUCUGGUUUUGCACAGGAGGAGACAUACUGGGGAGAAGCCAUAUCUCUGUUCUGUGUGUGGCAAAAGUUUCAGCACCAGAUCAAAUUAUACAGGACACAUGAGAGUUCACACAGGGGAGAAACCGUACAGCUGCCAUGAUUGUAGCAAAUGUUUCAGCAAUACUGCUAAUCUGAGUGCUCACAGGAGGAUUCAUACAGGGGAGAAACCAUAUUGUUGUGAUUAUUGUGGCAAAGGGUUUGCUCAGAAUGGAAAUCUUAAAAUGCACAUGAAGACACACAGGAAAUAAAUCUUAUAGGCUAAUUGCUGUGUGAGAAAUAUCUCAGCACUGACAUCCACCCAACUUGAGAAUCCACACAAGAGAGAAAUACAUCUCUUUCGUGACUGUGGCAAAGCCUUUGCACAGUGGAAAUUUGGCAAGGCAUAAUGAGAAUGUACAAAAUGUAUAAAAUGUCAGAAUUCAGCAUGUACAACAAAAUUUCAACAGUUUGAUUACACAGGAUAGAACUGUGAUCUGGCUCAUCUGACAGUGAUUAUGAGGUUUCACACACAGUGGUGAGAGACUAUACAAGUAUCCUAUAGAAAAUGCUUUAUCACAAGUGUAUUAACUAGACUUCAAAGGAGCCUAGUUGAGGAAAAAUUGUAGGCCUACUUGCAAUCCCUGCUGCAAGUGCUUCAAAUGGACUCACUAGGAAGGCACAUUCACAACAGGUAGAAAACAUGGCAGGGCCUUCAGGGAAAGGGCAUCAGACAGGAUUGAGARGCAUAUUCUCACUUCCACCAGUAAGAAGAGAUGGGGUCUAGUAUAUACCCACAAGAACCCGGCUCUAGGAUCAACAUGAUAUGACUGUACUAGCUUGAACUUACAGAACAUUGUUAGAAGUCCACAUGAACAUUGCGCAACAGAUUGCUGAGCAGCAGGAGUCCCUGCUCAUUAGUAUGACACAGGACACACAUUUGAGCUGCUGUCCUGUAUCUUGAAAACAAAACUUAGCAUUUUUUGUCUUGAAAGUAAAAUGCCUUCUCCAGUAAUACAUCAUAUCUGUUUUUAACACUGUUGUGAUGUUGUUGUCUUACUUUUCAAAGUGUUUGUUACUUCAUGGCUUUCAUACCAAAACUAUAGUCAUACUUCUGAGUUUGAUGUCAAUUUGCUUGCAAAGAAAAUAAAUACUUGUCUAUUUCAUUGUAUAUGUAUUGACAGGUUUAAAUAAUUAGUAUGCUAUGUUCCAGGUGAACUAUUAAAUGUGCAUGGGCUACCAUCUGAAAUGUGUGCUUCUUAUUUCAACCAGAAACUUGAAUAUCAUAAAAUAUCAAAAUGUAUGAUCAUUUUAAUAUCAUACAUUUUCCAGACAUCCAGAACGUGGCACAGAAUAACACAUAUGCUGUAAUGGGAAUUGAUUUGGCUAAUUAUUUCCCUGUAUUUGAUUUACUGUUGAUAUGUAAUACACAUAAUUGUGUGGGAAGACAAAGACAGAUACAUCCCCUUGGGUAACGUAUCUAUCUAUAUUUAAUUAAGUCGCUUUGUGCCUGUUAGUAUAAACUGAUCUAUUGUAGCUAACUAUCUAUGAUAUUAUUUUUUACCUGUUUAACUGCCAGUAUCAAAUGUCUGCUAGUGUUGAAUGUUAUGGUUAAGGUCUGACGCAAGACUGGAUUUAAGGACACACUGAUAAUGUAUCUGUGACACUGUGAUUCUGUAGCAGCUGAUGUGACUUCCUUCAAGCCUUCGGCUGGUGUUUACAGAAGAUUCGGUGCUGUGUGAUUAAUAUAUAAGGACCGUUAGACAUUUUCAAUGCUUCUGUUCUGUAGGUGUUUCUCUGAAUUGUUGUAUUAAACCGGAUUGAUUUCGAUUUGACUUCA